AUGGGCAGUUCGACUCUGAGCUCGUACACCAACUUGGCAGCACUCAGUAACCAAACCAAUACUUCCGCCCCAACUGCUAGACGUACUAUAAACCGUCCUUCUCCGUUCACUCUUCAUGGCAACAAUAGCACCAGUUCCAUCCACGAGGAGGCCUCAAAUCUUGGUUCGGUUCAUCUUGACGGCAAGGACGACUGGGCCAAUGACUUUAAUGAUAUUUCGCACGCCCGGUCGUCGUCAAAGUUGGCUCCUUAUGGCGGUUUUUCCAAACCUUCGCUUGAAGACGGAAUACUUUCCCACUCGAAUAUCUUUGAGACUGCUCCUUGGAGUGUAGCAAGUUACAGAAAGGGCAAUGGGUCGUUGAUCAAGGCAGUGGACCAGGCUCUUCGUGAUGGAAAAAUUCACAAACGAAAGUGGGUAGGUACCAUUGCCAUGCCCAGCGAUGCGGUUCCCCAAAAAGUUAUAGACGAUAUUACGAAAACUCUCCAUGACGACUAUGAUAGCGAAGCGGUUUUUCCAAACGAUGAUAUCUUCCAGGGCCACUAUAAGUCGUUUUGCAAGCAAAUCUUGUGGCCCACUCUCCACUACCAGAUUCCAGACGACCCCAAAUCGAAGGCAUUUGAAGAGCAUUCAUGGGAGCAAUACAAGGCUUUAAACCAGCUCAUUGCAGACAAAUUGGUGGAGACUUACAAGAGAGAAAAUGCUGGAAAGGACCCCAAUGAUCCCGAAAACAUCAUUUGGAUCCAUGAUUACCACCUUUUGCUUGCACCAAAAAUGGUUCGUGAACAGCUUCCUGACGCCAAAAUUGGGUUUUUCCUUCACGUUUCGUUUCCUCUGUCAGAAGUUUUCCGAUGCUUCGCCCAGCGUAAGAGUCUUUUGGAGGGCAUGCUUGGCGCCAAUUGUAUUUCGUUUCAAACGGAAGAGUACGUUCGUCACUUUUUGCAAACCUGCUCUCGGUUGCUUUUGGCAGAUACCAAUGAGUUGGGGUUGACGUAUGACAAGAAUUUUGUAAUGACUUCCACCAUACCAAUUGGCAUUGAUGCUGAGAAGUUUGGUCCAGUUACUCGAACGGAAGAUGUCACGGACUGGAGACAGAUGAUCCGCGAAAGAUGGGGAGAUCAGAAGCUCAUUGUGAGUAGAGAUAAGCUCGAUAAGCUUCGAGGAAUCAAGCAGAAACUUCUUGCGUACGAGAGAUUUCUUCUCUCAAACCCAGAAUACAUUGAUAACACAGUGUUGAUCCAGAUCUGUAUUGGCACCUCACACGAUCCAGACUAUGAAAGUGAGCUUUUGGGCAUUGUUUCUCGUAUCAACUCGCUUCCUGAGAACAUCUCCAUCAGCCAGCCUGUGGUUUUUCUUCAGCAAGACAUUGACUUUGACCAGUACGUUGCCUUACAAUGCGAAGCGGAUGUUUUCGUUGUAUCGUCUAUGCGUGAAGGUUUGAACUUGACGUGCCACGAGUUUGUGAUUGCAACCAGUGAAAAGAAGUCACCAUUGAUGAUCUCCGAGUUUGCUGGUUCGUCUCAGAUUUUGGACUGUAGGGGACAAGGAGCCUUGUUGCUCAAUCCUUGGAGUUUGAAGGCAUUUGCAGAGACAUUCAAGCAACUGUUAACCAUGUCCAAGGAGGAAAAAGAGCGCAGGUGGAAGAACAUGUACGACAUGAUUCUCACUCACGACUCCAAUACUUGGAUAGCUUCUUGCUUGAAGGAUAUCAACCAAGCAUGGGCUCGCGAAGAAGCCAGACAUAAUGGUAAGAUGAUUCGUUUUACAGAGGAGAUUUUCCAACAAUUUUACCGCAAAAACCAAGCCAAUCGUUUAUUCUUCUUGAAUUUGGAGACUGCAACCGUCAUUGGCGGUCAAGACCCCAAUACAGUGGUCGCGGCUAUGAAGUCUGUUACCAAUGCUGCAGCAGUAGCCGGCAAAUCAGCUUCAUUUUCUGAACCAUCCACCAUUUCCAAGCUUCUUGAAGGUUUAUUGAGUGACACUUCCAACAGGGUUUACCUUGUGAGUGUUCUUCGCCGACUGGACUUGGAUAGAUUCUACGGAGGUAUACCUCGUUUGGGUCUUGUUGCAGAGAAUGGUGGCUAUAUCAAGAUAGUCGACUCGAAACAGUGGUUAACAUUGACUGAUGAAAACGAAGUUGGAGCCUGGAUGCCCCAGGUUCGCCUGUUGAUUCAGUCCAAGGUGGAGCGGUUGCCUGGUUCGUUCAUGGAAGUUGAAGAUUGCACUGUUAGCUUCCGUCCAGGUAAAGCAUUCAUGGAGGAUAGAGAGCGGAGUAUCGACAUGAUGGGAGAUUGCAUCCAGCAUGUAAAUGAUUUGUUUCAAGAACUGGACGGUGUUCAUGCUUUUAUCAGCAAAAAUGUGGUGAUUGUUCAGCAGAAUUUGCUCUCAUUGCGAGCACUUGAAUUUUUGGUUCAAUUCCACAAUCAUACCCAAAAAGGCGUAAGUCCAGCCGACAUCAUUGACCAGUUUAAGGCAAAGUUGGCGAUUUCCCCAGGAACCUUGUCGCCAGUACAAAGUACUUCAUCGAUGAUGCAGGCGUUGGAGGCAGAAGAGGUCAAGUCUUUGUUCGUAAUCGGUGGUACAACCCAGAUCGACGAGCCAUGUUUCGAGUAUGCCAAUUCUUUGGCUGGUGAUGGCUACGAAGUGCAAACAGUUACCUCGUUUGGGGCUGAGGCGAACUUGAAGUCGUCGGCUAGAUAUUGCGUGGGAGGAAAGAACGAGGUUCUUGUUAUGUUGUCCAAAGUAGGUAAAGAGUUAUAG